CAAUAAUAUUCUCAAAAUUAAAAUAGUACUAUAUCAGCUGAGACGAGAGAAUCUGCAGUCUCUGCUGUUUGUUAUAUUAUUUAUUAGGGUAACUUUUUACAAAUUUAUUAGAGGGAGUAUAAACAGAGAUUGCAGUGUGUCAUUGUAUUUUGUUUUUAAAUCAUAAAUGAAAAUCGAACAAACCUUCGCUCAAAAGUAGUUGGCAAAUUGCUUAUGUUUGCCGGCAUAUAAUUUUCGUUAAAGUAAACAAAAUAACAUCUUGUUAGAAAUAAUGAAUUUAUUGCUUUUUUAUUUGGUUCUAAUAACCAGAAAUCAUUUUGCACUUUCAACAGUUGGAGACGCUAACUUUGAUAACGUUUGUACCAUAGAAAGCAUAGAAAAUUGUUCACAUUUGGAUAUUGAAAACCGCAAUAUCAUAAUAAAUGAAGUAAGGAGAUCUUUAGAAACACAUGUUCCAUGUUCGGAUGAGGAUGAUAAUAAUUGCAAAUGCUAUAGCGAAGUUAUAACAAAUGAUUUAAAACCAUUUGAAAAGGGUAUAACUCAGCAAAUGCUGAACAAUACAGCAAAAUAUGGAACUCGAUAUAAAAUUUUGAAACAUCAGCUAUUUCGUGACAGAGAGUGCAUGUUUCCUGCACGCUGCAGUGGUAUUGAACAUUUCCUAUUAAAUCUUUUAACCGAACUACCAGACAUAGAUAUGGUAGUAAAUACUCGGGACUGGCCCCAGGUUCUCACUGGUCUUGGCAGCAGAAUUGGACCCAUAUUCUCAUUCUCUAAAACAAGUGACUAUUUAGAUAUUUUGUAUCCAGCGUGGACAUUUUGGGCUGGUGGUCCUGCAAUUUCUCUGCAUCCCACUGGUAUUGGUCGCUGGGAUUUAUUACGCGACAGCAUAUCCAAUGCUGCUAUUAAAACCCCAUGGUCUGAAAAGCUAUCACUGGCUUUUUUUCGUGGAUCACGCACUUCCGAUGAACGCGAUGCUUUGGUUCUUCUGUCACGUCGUAGGCCGGACUUAGUUGAUGCUAAAUAUACCAAAAACCAAGCCUGGAAGUCUCCGAAAGAUACUCUUAACGCUGAGCCUGCGAAGGAAGUUUUGUUAGAAGAUCAUUGUCAAUAUAAAUAUCUCUUUAAUUUUAGAGGUGUGGCUGCCAGCUUUCGUUUUAAACAUUUAUUUCUUUGCAACUCACUAGUAUUUCAUGUCGGCGAGGAAUGGAAGGAAUUUUUCUAUUUCGCACUGAAGCCAUGGGUGCAUUACGUGCCACUAAAAAGUUAUCCAAGUCAAAAAGAAAUUGAGAACAUUUUAAACUUUUUUCUUGAACAUGAUGAUCUGGCUCGUGAAAUUUCCGAACGUGGUUCGCAAUUUGUUUUAAAUCACCUACGUAUGCAGGACAUCGAAUGCUAUUGGAAGAAUCUCUUACUAUCAUAUCAAAAGUUAAUCACUUUUAAAGUUGAAAGUGAAACUGAACUUGUUCAAAUUAGUCCUAUACAGAGGCAGGAACUAUGAAUAUAAUGUAUUUCAAAUAUAAUAGACCUAUUGUAUAUCCAAGGAAGAAAAUGCUAAUGCUCACGAGAAACCGUUAAAGUAAAUAAAAAUUAUUUGUUUACAAUCUAAUUGAGGUUAUUGUCUCCGACUAAAUCAAACGUCAAAGUCAUAUGUUCUUCACAUAUUUAUUGCUUUCAAAUUUUCAUGUACUUUUUGUAAUAUUGUGUUAUUUAAUUUUAAGUAAAAAUGUCUUUUCGGGAGGCAUUUAAACUAGUAACCAAGCAAUCCAUACGCUGGUUUCCUGGGCACAUGGGUAAAGGAUUAAAGCAAAUGCAGCAAAAAUUAAGAUCUGUGGAUUGUAUUGUAGAAGUACAUGACGCCCGUAUUCCUUUUUCGGGGCGAAACCCGGAAUUCCAGCACACAAUAUCUGGUGGAGCAAAACCACAUAUAUUUGUUUUAAAUAAAAAGGAUCUUACUGAUAUACGGGAGCAACGAAAAAUUGUGAAAGAGCUUCAAGAACGUGAAGGCAUCCGGCAUGUUUUAUUCACCAAUAGCAAGAACCAACAGUGCAACGGUAUCAAACGUAUAUUACCUUUAGCACAUUCAUUAAUAUCCAACUCGGAUCGGUAUAAUCGGACGGGAUUAAAGGAAGCGAGUAUCAUGAUAAUUGGAGUACCCAAUGUUGGUAAAAGCUCACUUUUAAAUGUGUUACGAAAUAAGAAUUUACGGAAGAAAAGUGCAACACAAGUCGGAAAUAUAGCUGGAGUUACCCGCUCGGUUAUGGAACGCAUUAAAAUUAGUGAAGAUCCUUUAGUAUAUAUGAUUGACACACCCGGGAUUCUCGAACCGCGCAUUGCAGAUGACGAAAUGGGUAUGAAAUUAGCAUUAGUGGGCUGCUUACCAGAUCAUUUAGUUGGUGAAGAAUUGAUAGCGGACUACUUGUUAUAUUGGAUGAAUAAAAACCGCCGGUUCGAAUAUGUUAAAGAAGUGGGCUUAGAAAACGCUACCGAUAACAUAAUAGAAGUUCUAGUGUCUUAUGCGAAAGGUUUAGGUGCUGAAAGAAAAUAUAAAAAUCUCGAUGGACAAAUAGUGAAUAUACCGGAUGUUUUGGUUGCAGCACGUAAAUUCAUUAAAAAUUUUCGAAGUGGUGUCUUCGGAGGUGUUAAUUUAGAUAGAUGAUUUUCUUUUGGAAACGUUUAUAUGCAUAUAUUUAUAAAUUUGUAAAAAAUAUGAGUAAAAUUAUAUAUAUAUAUAUAUAUAAA